CAUCUGCACGCACAUCGCCUCAUAAUUCAUUCAUUGGCGCGCCGAUUAUAUCGAAAAUUGUAGCGUUAUGAAAUACGUGUGAUAAUAUUCCGCUUUCAUUCUGAAAAGCUGAAGGCGGAAGUGCUGUGUUCUGCAAGGUUCCCGAUGACGUCAUUCCGGUUAGUGUUUUUUGUCAACACAAUAAGGUAAAAAACGCGACCGGAUUCCAGAAACACCUCUCGGGACGGUUACACUCUUCGUGACCGGUCGCCUCGCGGUCCAGCUCGACGCGGAGUGUUUCUUCCACUCGCAGAGUGACGUCACUGCUCCCGUCGGUUCUUUUCCCGUCGAGCGCUGAACGGAAUGACAGCGAACUACCGGCGGAGCUAACGUCAAGACGACUGGUUGAAACGGCGGCCACACCGCGGAGCUCCGGUUGACCCGCUCAUGGUGGUCUCGGCUCAAUGGGGAACUGCCUGUUUUUUCAAGGAGCGGACGACCUGUCGCUGCUGAACGAGUCGGAGGGGGGCAGUCUGCCCGGUGAGCCUCCGCCGCCCUACCAGGAGCGCUCCCAGUCUGUGCAGGUGUACCAUCCCACCCCGGGGGAGAGUCGCCUGGCGUACCAGCUCACUGAGGAGGAGCAGGUCCGCAUUGCCCAGCGGAUCGGUUUCAUCCAUCACCUGCCCAAAGGCGUCUUCGAGUCGGGCUCCGACCCCUCUGACAAGAAAGUUAAAGAGUGUGUGAUCUGCAUGAUGGAUUUUGAGUACGGCGACCCCAUCCGGUUCCUGCCCUGCCUCCACGUCUUCCACGUGGACUGCAUUGACCCCUGGCUGAUGCGCUCCUUCACCUGCCCCUCCUGCAUGGAGCCGGUGGACGCUGCCCUGCUGUCCUCUUACGAAACCAACUGAGCGGCCCCGCGGCGGCCGCUCCCGCCUCAAAGCAGCUGCACCUUUUUGUUGCCGAAAACUGUCCGAGCCGUUCAGACGGGUAGCCGAGGUGACGCGGCACCAUGCCCGGUGUUUUAGGACGCGGCGAGGUGUUGAGAGCUGUGCCUGACCGCUUCCUUAAAGUCUCAUAUGCACCUAUUUGGGCUUUGGAAACUCUUUGCCAUUAACAGUCGGACGACGUGCCAAAUCGAGCUCGAUGAAGAAUAUGGAAAGCUGUACGCGUCGCAGAAUACGACUGCAAAUCAAUUUCACUUUUGUACGAUGCACGUCACCUUUGUGAUUCACUGCCCCUUUCUAGACGUAAUGUGCAAUAUGUAAUAUCUACGGAGAAAAUGCAGGAAAUUUCUCUCGGCCCAGUGAAGUUUUGUUGUUUUUUAAAGAUCAUGUGGCCUUGAACGUCCCACAACAACUCUCUAUUAAUAUGCAAUCAUCAGAACAGACAUUGUUGUUUUCCCCUUAACCGUUCACGUCUAAAGCGUGACGAGAGAGAGAGAGAAUGGUCUCCAUUUGGAUGCAAUUCAUUUUAUUUGACUACAGUUGUCUUUACGUUUUUUCCUUUUGAAGCUGCUUUUAUAAAUAUUUUUUUGUUUCUUUCCCACAAUAUGGAUCCAUUUCCUUUGCUUUGAAUCUGUGCUCCAUUUAGUUUUAAUAAUCGGUCCUUGGCGUGUCCUGUUGAUUGUUUACUGCCAGUAACAUUUACAAGGACAAGAUGUGCUGUGUACCUUGGGCUACUCGUGUGUGUGUGUGUGUGUGUGUGUGUAAUACAGCAAGUAGAGAUUGGCAUGUCAGUUGUAAACUUGUUGUAGUUCCAAGCUUGUUUUGUGGUGACUGCCUUCUUGCAGCAAAUGUUGCAUUUCCGGAGCUCCUGAGUCUGGCGAUCACUUUCAUCUUUUGGUAUUAGACGUGCGCUCUGACUGAGUCAUGUCCACGACAAACAAAGACAAGCAGUCGAAAGGAAUGUGUCCAGAAUGUAAAGCAUCCUUUCGGCUUUAAAGGUCUGGACGCUACACAUUUCUGAUUCACUCAGGCUGCGGUGCCUUUGAGAGGUCGAGGAAAACCGAUUCCUGUGAAGUACAAUCAUUUCUGACAUGACUUUUAAUUUUUACUUUAGUUGUCCUCGAGGGGGAAACAGAUACCAGCACUGGACUGUCACUAUGAAUUAGGCCAGAAAUAAAGCCAGCAUUUAACUGACUGCUAUUUAUAAUGUGUGCGAAUCACAGCUUUGUUUGGAAAUCAUAAUAAAAGUGGAAACCAGAUUUUAAACUGUA